UCACAGUUUAGAUGAGGAAAUUGAUAGGAAUCGAAGGUAUAAAGUUGAAACGUGUAUGUCCCCAUAAUAUUUCCUGUCUCUGUAGUUUGUGUGAUAUAAAUUAAAAUCACACAAUUAGCGAAAACCUAAUUUCUGAUUUGUAAAAAUCAAGAAUGUCGAGUAGAUUGUUCAAGAAGAUUGUCAAAGAACAAGAACAAAUACAGCAACAGCGCCAAGAAACUGAAGAAGAGCAACAGCUGAACGACGAUGAAUCCGAGUCUCCGGAAUCGGGUUCUCGCCCUUCCAAAAACCCGUUUGACCUCCUUAAUGACGGUGACGAUGACCCUGAACCUGAGGAGACAGAAAUCGCUAAUGAAACAUUGAUACAGGACAAGAAUAGCAGAAAACCGUCUGUGCAGCAUACUACCAUAGAUGUAGUUCCAGCAUCCAAUCACAAAUCAAAGAAAAAGAAAAAGAAGAAAAGCAAGGAGAGCUCUACUUCAAGUAUAGACAGAGUUGAAAGAUCAUUGGAUGCAGCUUUAGAUAAUUUAUCUUUGGAUACUAACUGCUCUAGUCAUCAACCUGGCCCUAUAAUUGUCAAACUACAAAAUGCUAAAGCUCAUGAUAACUUUGUCAAACAGCAAUCAGUUUCCUUAUUACAAGUAGAUUCCAGAUAUUUGAAUGCUGAAAAUGAGCUGCGAAGAAUAUUUGGAUCCAAGGUGGUGAAGUCAUUUGAGAGAACUCAUCAAAGUGGCAAUUCUAGACAGGUACGUGGGGGAAGACGUGGAAGUCAUCAUGUAAGAAAGACUAUCUUAGUCUCUCCAUCAGAACAAUGGCCUCGUUGGGAUGGAUCACUUUCCAUGGAACUUUUGGAACCCAAGGAUGGAUAUAGUUACUUCAGAUAUGUCCAUUCACCUUCUUAUGGUCAAGCUCAGAGAGCAUUUGAAGCUGCCCAAGCUAUUCAUGAUCUUAACGGUGUAACAACUGUUUUGUUUUAUCAUCCUUAUCAUUUGGAUUCAUUGAUAACAAUAGCAGAUUAUUUCAAAUUUGUGGGUGAACAUCAAAUGGCUGCAGAUGCUGUUGCAAAGUGUUUAUAUGCCCUAGAGUGUGCAUGGCAUCCCAUGUUCACUCCCUUGCAGGCUAAUUGCCAGCUGAAAAUCAGCCAUGAAACAAACAAACCUUUGUUCAAAACCCUUUUCACUCACAUGAUGAACAUGGAUAGACGUGGUUGUCAUCGAUCUGCCCUGGAAGUGUGCAAACUUCUACUUUUACUUGAUUCAGAUGAUCCAAUGGGGGCCUUAUUCUGCAUUGACUACUUUGCAUUGAGGGCAGGGGAGUAUGCAUGGUUGGAGCAAUUUUCUGAAAACUAUAAGAGUGAUAAUUCCUUGUGGUUGUUCCCAAAUUUCUCAUUUUCCCUUUCUGUUUGCCGGUUUUAUCUUGAGCGGGAGCAAGCAUCACAAGAUGCUGAUAUAGAUAAUGGAAAGGCUACUUCUGCUGAUCUUAUGAAACAAGCUUUGAUGCUUCAUCCUUCUGUCCUUAAGAAACUUGUGGCAAAGGUACCUCUAAAAGAUCAGGCAUGGACAAGUAUACUCAAACACACUUAUUUCCAUUCAGAUCAAGCAAAGAUCCCAUCAUUGGAUCAUCUGAUUAGCAUAUAUGUGGAGAGGAGCUAUAUUAUAUGGAGGCUUCCAGAUCUGCAAAAAUUGCUUCGAAACACCGCACAACUGGUGAUUGACACAUUGGAACACAAUAAAAGUGAAGCUAAGGAUUGGGCUUGUGUAAGAGAAGAAGCAUUCCCAUCUGAGAAAAAUGAGUAUGCUCAUUUGUUGGUACAAGAUUUUUCUGAUUCGGUACCAACUCUUCCGCCUGAUAACCUGCAAAACUUUGUGGUUGAUGCGAGGAGGGGGGAAGCUGUGCAUAAUGUGCAAUUCGCAGAUCCACUUGACGGUGACCAAGCUCCACCUCCACGUGAUGCGGCAAAUCGCAAUCCUUUGGCUGUCUUUUUUGAGUCAAUGCUACCUUGGGUUAAUUAUGGAGAUGGACAAGAUUUUAAUGGAGCUGAUGAGGAUAACCAAAUUAAUGGGCAUGGCCAAGAUAAUCAAGAUAAUUGAGUGGCAAUGAGCAUCAAGACUGUAAUACUUCAGGCAAAAGUGUACUAUUUUAAUUAAUAGCACCACUUUAUGCACAUUAAUUAAUUUCCUGUAAAGUUUUUAUGAGUUUCAGCUGAGAAGGAUCUCACUUGUAGGAAGUUAUGUUCCAGCCAAGUUUAUGUUGUUAUAAGAGUUUGUGAAUUUUAUGGUAGGCAUUUCAGACCUCUUAUUGAAAGUUGAUUUAGUAUUUUUGUACUAAAUUUUGACA